CGGAUCCGAUCGCCUUACCAUUCAAGCACGCUCCUUUCCCUCCCUCCUGCUUUGUUUCUUCUUCUUCUUCUCUCUCUCUUCUCCGCUCCCCCAUCGCCCCAAACCCACACUCUAGCCCUAGCCCAAGGGGAGGGCUCGUGCCCAAGAGCUCUCCGCCCGCGACGAUGUUGACCAACGCCGCCGUCCGCCGCUCGUCGUCGGCCACCGCGAAGCGCCCCACGACGGCGGAGAAUGCCGGGGGAGCCAAGGACAAGAAGCGCGUCGCGCUCGGAAACAUCACCAACGUCGCGGCGGCAGGGGGGAGGGCCGCCGGAAACGGGAAGGUCGCGGCCCCGGCGGGCACCACGAAGUUGAAUUCAGCUACCUCUGCUGCACCUGUUAAGAAGGGAUCUUUGGCAUGUGCUCGCAGUGUGAGCUCCACUCGGGGUUCUGCUGUGAAAUCGGCUUCCACCAAGCCAGCUCCAGCCAUAUCUCGCAAUGAAAGCACGAUGCAAAAGCACAAUGUUCCUCCUCCUAAAGUGCCCACCAUUGUGCAUCUGCCAAAUGCGGUGCCUGCCAUUGCACCGUGCACCAGCUUUGUGUCUCCUGCACGCUCAGGAGACUCACUUUCCGUUGAUGAGACGAUGUCGACUUGUGACUCUAUGAAAAGCCCUGACUUUGAGUACAUUGAUAACGGAGACUCCUCAAUACUGGCUUCAUUGCAUCGACGAGCAAAUGAGCACCUACGUAUCUCAGAGGAUAGAGAUGUUGAAGAAAAUAAGUGGAAGAAGAAUGUCCCUGCCCCAAUGGAAAUCGACCGUAUUUGUGAUGUUGACAGUGACUUCGAGGAUCCGCAGUUGUGUGCCACUCUUGCUUCUGAUAUCUACAUGCACUUGCGAGAAGCUGAGACCAGGAAAAGGCCGUCAACUGAUUUUAUGGAAAUGAUUCAAAAGGAUGUAAACCCAAGCAUGAGGGCUAUUUUGAUAGACUGGCUUGUGGAAGUUGCUGAAGAAUAUCGCCUUGUUCCUGAUACAUUAUACCUGACAGUUAACUACAUUGACCGUUAUCUUUCUGGCAAUGAAAUCAACCGCCAAAGGCUGCAAUUACUCGGUGUUGCUUGCAUGCUUAUAGCUGCAAAAUACGAGGAGAUCUGUGCACCCCAAGUAGAAGAGUUCUGCUACAUAACUGACAAUACAUACUUAAGAGAUGAGGUAUUAGAAAUGGAAGCUUCUGUCCUGAAUUACCUGAAGUUUGAAAUGACUGCACCUACAGCAAAGUGCUUUUUGAGGAGAUUUGCUCGUGCUGCACAAGUUUGUGAUGAGGAUCCAGCUUUGCAUCUCGAGUUCCUAGCCAAUUAUGUAUCUGAACUAUCACUGCUGGAGUACAAUCUCCUAUCUUACCCUCCUUCACUAAUAGCUGCCUCAGCUAUCUUCUUGGCGAAAUUUAUACUCCAACCAACAAAGUAUCCAUGGAACUCCACCCUUGCUCAUUACACUCAGUACAAGCCGUCAGAACUAUGCGAUUGUGUAAAGGCACUGCACCGCCUUUUCAGUGUUGGUCCUGGGAGUAACCUUCCUGCAAUCAGAGAGAAGUACAGUCAACAUAAGUACAAAUUUGUCGCGAAGAAGCACUGUCCACCAUCAAUUCCUGCUGAAUUCUUCCGAGAUGCGACAUGUUAGACUAGAAGAAGCCCAGGAGUAGUUACAGUAGCUUACUGAAUUCUUCCUCUUGUGCCUCAAAUGCCCAGUUUCACCGCACACCUGUGGAGGUGGUUGGUUGAUGCAGGAGUGCUGGUGGUCCCUGUUGUUUCAGGUGAUUAGAAGAUUGUAGAUUCUAGAUGGAUGCUUUACUGUUUAUGGUCAUGUUAGGGCAUUGGUGUACGUUUUUCCCCCAUCUUCUCCCGGUUCCGCUGUUUUCUUCCUGUAUCUAGACCCAUGUAAUGCCAUAAUACUGGAGUCACAGUGACUUGAAAGCAUGGCUACCAAGUUGGGUGACCCCCAUGUUUGAUGUAUGAGAGUGUCGUUGCACUGCUAGGCUGAUAAUAAGAGCACCAGAUUUUAGCAGUGCUCAUUCUGUUUAUUUAAGAUAUGGAAAGGCUCUGUUUACCAUAAUCUUGGUAUGA